UCAAUGUUAGAUUGAUAUCCGGUUUAAAUAACCAUACCCGGUCGAACGAUUACAGAAAACCCUAAAUACCCACAGUCUUGUACCAUUUGGUUGUCGUCGCUCUCAAUUAAACCCUAAAACCCUCCACUGAAGAGAGGCAGAGAGAAAGAAAAAAACGCAGUCUUUGAGGAAUCUGAGAAAGGAGAAAAGAUGAGACCACCGAUGAGAGGCGGCGGGGGUUUCCGUGGAAGGGGAGGACGAGACGGUGGUGGUGGCGGUAGAUUCGGUGGAGGUGGCGGUAGAUUCGGUGGAGGAGGAGGACGCUUUGGUGGUGGAGGCGGUCGCUUUGGUGGUUUCAGAGACGAAGGUCCUCCUAGCGAAGUCGUGGAGGUCGCAACUUUCCUUCAUGCUUGCGAGGGAGAUGCUGUGACUAAACUCUCAAAUGAGAAGAUUCCUCAUUUUAAUGCUGCCAUCUACCUAGAGAACAAGACUCAGAUUGGGAAAGUAGAUGAAAUCUUUGGCCCUAUUAAUGAAUCUUUGUUUUCUAUCAAAAUGAUGGAAGGUAUUGUAGCCACCUCCUAUUCUCCAGGAGAUAAGUUCUUCAUCGACCCUUACAAGCUUUUGCCUCUCUCUCGAUUCCUUCCUCAGCCAAAGGGUCAGUCAACGGGUGGACGUGGAGGUGCAGGUCGUGGAAGAGGUGAUGGUAGAGGUCGUGGAAGAGGUGGAUCUUUUAGAGGUAGAGGCGCUCCAAGAGGUGGUAGAUUUCCACCACGCGGUGGCUCUCGUGGAAGCUUUAGAGGCCGAGGAAGAUUUUAGAUUCUUCUCCUACUUUAUAAGCCUUAUCCAAACUUGUACCCUUUGUUUUAUCAAUGACUAUCGUUUUCCCAGAUUCUCAAUUUUCAAGACUUUUGUUUAAUCUAUGGAGUAAAAAAAUUUGCAUCAAA